AUGUCAGAUAUUAUGGAAUUGGAUAGCCAAAAAGAUGAAAAAGCUAAAGCAGAUCAACAUAUAGCGUUCAUUCAUUAUCAGAAGUCUGCCAAUAAAGACCAUGACAAUGGGAUAAACACCGAUAAGGAAGAAAAAUCUUUCGAAGGGCCUGUGAAAUCUACUGAAUUGAAUUAUGUUGAUUGA